GCUAUUAAAUUUCUACUCCUAUACAGCAUAUAUAAAAAAAAUAUUCAACAUUUCAAAACCAGUGCCAUUUUUCCUCUCAGCAUUUCAAGCAAGCGAACGUGAAAGACGAAGAGACAGACAGCCAUAUUGAAAAAAAUUAGCCAAGAACCUCACAAGUGGUCGGACACGCUGUUGGCGAGUCUGGCUCUUUAUUUCCGUUUUAUACUACUAUAAUACCGCUCGUUUGAUAUCAUAAUUAUUUGUGAAGAUGGUUGAAAAAGACAGGCCUGGAAAAAUAUUUGUGGGUGGCCUCAGCCCAGAGGUCGAUGAAAAAUUGUUAGAAAAUCUGUUUGGGAAAUACGGCAAGAUUAUUGAAAUUCUAAUUAUUCGAGAUAAAGAAAGUCGUCAAUCUCGAGGCUAUGCUUUUGUCACUUUUGAAAAUCCAUUGGAUGCAGAAGAUGCAGUCAAAGCUGUUGAUGGCAUGGAAUUGAAAGGCCGUGAAAUUCAUUGUGAACAAGCAAUUCUUCCUCAAGCUCUGGAGAGAAAUAGGCGUGGACCACCACCAUCAAGGGGUUCUCGUGGAAGACCAUCUUUACUUCUGAGAACUGCUAGAGAAAAGCUGUCAAAAGCCAGAAGAGGUGGUUUUGCAGGGAAGCCCAUUCGUGGAAGGCCUAUCGGAAGUUAUGAUGUUUUCAGUUCAUUCCGAGGAGGCCCUCCAGGAAGAUUGCGUCCAUCAGGGAGAGGUGGACCUCCAGGGCAUUUCUCACCACCCUCUUUAAGAGGAAGAGGCCCACCUUCACCACCAAUUGUAAGCUCUCGAAGUAUGUUUAGGGAUUCUUCUCGGGGGCCACCAAUAUCAUCACGUGGUCCUCGUGAUCUCUCUCCUCGCAGUGGGCCACCAAGAAGAGGCAUACCUAGAAGUAUGGAUUCACCUCCCAGAAGAUCCAGCUUUGAUGAUGACUACAAUUCCCCACCUUAUUGGGAAAAGUCAGGCCGAAGUGACCGAUUGUCUAUGGGUGUACCUGAAAGAGGACCCCUUCGCAGCAGAGAUUUUCAUCCUGCACCAUCUCCACCUAGAGAGAUGAGGCGAGAAUACAGAAGUGAAAGGGAAUUCCGAGAAUUUAGCCCUAGGGAUUUUGAUCGUCCUUCAUUCCGUGAAAAGAUAUCUUCAAGAAUGGUGUUCUCUACCAAUGAUGGCGCUCUGAGAACUGCAGACAGAGGAGAAUAUAUAUCGUCUGAUCGGGAUUUGGGUUCUUCACGUUCAAGCCGAGAUUACAUUUCUCCAAGGUAUGAUGACCUGGACAGAGAGUAUUCCAGUCGGAAUUUUGUAUCCAGAGAACACACAUCUUCCACUAGUCGUGGUAGUCGAUCAUAUGGUUCCAGCAGGGAAUCUGGUCGUAGUUUCUCUAGCCAUAACUAUGACAGAGGUGUAGAUCUUUCUCCUCGUGAGUACGACUCCUACAGAAGUUAUGGCCCUCGUGACACUCCGAAUCCAAACAGAGGACCUCCAUCGCGCAGUUACUCUUCCUAUGGACCUUCUUCCAGUACACAUCGCAGUUAUAUAUCUAGCAGCUCACGAGGAGGGCCAUCUUCAUCCUGUGGCCCACCGCCAAGCAUGUCCUCAAGGGGCCCAGCCCCGCCUAUCUCUUCUAGAGGACCACCACUCUCCUCCAGAGGGCCGCCGCCUAUGUCAUCUCGUGGUCCACCUAUGUCUCGCAGAGGCUCCAUUGGCAGUGAUCAACGUGGAGAAUACAGUCGAGAAGUCUAUCCUUCUGGAAGCCGCCGCCCUGCUCCUCAGGACUCUAGGGGUCCCUCAGCCAAACGUCCGAGAGGUGCAGAUGGACCAUCAAGAAGUGGACCGCCAUUCAGGCGCUAAUUUUCUUUUUUCAACCACUUAUAGUCACUAGAAUAUUUUAGUUUAUUAAAUAUCUUUAACUUGAUAUUUUCUUUUCUUUUUGAGAAAACAAAAUUUUUACAGUCCUUCUACAGUUUCCUCAUGCUACACCACUAUUCAUUGUCUGAAACUAGUUGACUUUAGAACUACUACCACUUGAUUUACCUCCUUUGUGAAUUCUAUCAACCUCCUGUAAUCAAACAUCAACUGAUGAUGCCAUUCUGACUAUCCAUUACAACAUAUAGUUCACGUGUCCCAUUUAUACAACUGAUUGGUAUUUAUUUGAACGAUCAAUGACUUUACCACCUGAUUGGACUGAAGUUUACUUCAAAUCCCCAACUUAACUCCAUUACCUGAAGCAAAGGACGACCAUACAACCUGAAUGCAUUUUAAACAAGUUCCCUGAGCCAAUAUUUAACCAUCUGUGCUAAUCAUCGGAAAUUUUUAGACCAAAUGGCAUAACAUUAACUUACAAUUGGACAUUGGUAUAAAAUCUCUCAUCAACACCUGAACAUUAAAUACCUCUGCUGUUUUGUCAUCAACUUUCACUCCAUUGUCAUUCAAUGUUUCUUAUUUUUAUUACAAAAUUAUUCAAAUGUUUGUAAGCCUUCUUAAUUUUUUUGUGUAACCUAUUUUCAUGCAAGUAAAACAAUUGAAAUGAAGACUACAAAUUCUUAAAUGGGAUUGGUUUGAAAUAAAUUAAACCACCAAAUUGUAAUUCAAAUAAACUUGCUUUACCUUUUGUUUAAUUAGCUCCAUUCUAAGCUAAAUGAUGUACCUUAAAACGAUCUGCAGUGGGUUUCUGAUCUCUAACUCAAAUUCCCUAUUACAAUACAAAAUAGCUUAAGAAAAUUUACUAGCCCAAUUUUUUUUUGUAAGUCAUCUUUGCUAAAUUAUUUUACCAUUUGAGUAGUAUUAAGAAUUCAAUUUCCACUGGCAGUGUAAUUUGUAAUACAUUAUAUUAUUUUAAGCAGCAUUUUGCCAGCCGUGAUUUAAAAAAAGUAACGUUGGUCCUCCAGUGUGUUCAUUUUAAUUAAUGGCUAUGAAGGAAAAAAAAAACCACCUAAAUCUCUCCAACUGCUAAUUAAAAAAUUUUCUUGAAGAAACUCCCACAACUUGACAAUGAAAGUUCUUCAAAAAAAAAACAUUCUUUGCUUACAUUUACUGUAAACAAAUGACCAACCCUUAAGGAAUCUGACAAGUAUAUAUACAAAAACUCCACUGGGCAUUGUGUUUAAUGUCACGUCUAAAUUUCUCUCCACAAAGAACAACAAGUCCUUGUAUUUCAAUAAAAUCCUGCUCAACAGUUGUAAA